AUGCUGCUGUGUGCCUGCCGGCCGAGGCGGAAGUCGGAAGCGCGGUUCAGGAGUGAUGGCAGCCGGUGGUCUGAGCCGCUCUGAGCGCAAGGCAGCGGAGCGAGUCCGGAGGCUGCGAGAGGAACAGCAGCGGGAGCGUCUUCGCCAGGUGUCGCGCAUCCUGAGAAAAGCGGCUGCGGAGCGCAGCGCUGAGGAGGGCCGGCUGCUGGCAGAGAGUGAGGAUCUGGUGAGGGAACUGCAGGGCCGGAGCCGGCGGCGUGAGGGCCUGAAGCGGCGGCAGGAAGAGGUGUGCGAUGACCCCGAGGAGCUGCGGAGAAAGGUCCGGGAGCUGGCCAGCGCCAUACGGAACGCCAAAUACUUGGUGGUCUACACAGGCGCCGGCAUCAGUACGGCAGCCUCUAUCCCAGAUUACCGGGGCCCGAAUGGAGUGUGGACGCUGCUUCAGAAAGGGAGAAGUGUGAGCAGUGCUGCUGACCUGAGUGAGGCUGAGCCCACUCUCACCCACAUGAGCAUCAUGCAUUUGCAUGAGCAAAAGCUGGUGCAACACGUUGUGUCUCAGAACUGUGAUGGGCUCCACCUACGAAGUGGGCUGCCUCGCACAGCCAUCUCGGAGCUCCAUGGGAACAUGUACAUUGAAGUCUGCACCUCCUGCAUCCCCAACAGGGAGUACGUGCGUGUGUUUGAUGUGACAGAACGCACCGCUCUCCACCGACACCAGACAGGCCGGACCUGCCACAAGUGCGGGUCUCAGCUCAGAGACACCAUUGUGCACUUUGGGGAGAGGGGAACGUUGGGGCAGCCUCUGAACUGGGAGGCGGCAACGGAGGCUGCCAGCAAAGCAGACACGAUCCUGUGUUUAGGGUCCAGCUUGAAGGUACGCGCCGAUGACAACAUGAGCUCCUGGGAAGUAAGAUUGUUAACACCCCUACCUGCCCAAACCCAUCCAUUGGCAUUUGUUCAUUUCUCCAGCCUUGUUCUCUUCGUGUGCUGUGUCUGUCCAUCCAUUCUCCAGGUUCUAAAGAAGUAUCCAUGUCUCUGGUGCAUGACCAAGCCUCCCAGUCGGCGGCCCAAGCUCUACAUUGUGAACUUGCAGUGGACUCCAAAGGACGACUGGGCUGCCCUGAAGCUUCACGGGAAGUGUGAUGAUGUCAUGCAGCUCCUCAUGGAUGAACUGGGCUUAGAGAUCCCCCUCUACAAUAGGGUCUUAUAGGGGAAAUCAGUAACUUCUUUUAAUCAAAGGGUUCAAGAAAUUAAGGAUCCCUUCACCUCUGGGCCUGGCAAUUCUUGUAUGUUAUGUUUGUGGUGUUCUGUGAUGUGGGCCUAUCGUGUCCUGUAUUUUUUUUUUUUUUACAUUAACUUAGUUCAUUUUCUUUAUCAGUGCAUAUCUGUAUCUUAUGUUUAUAAUCUGUGGUUCUACAUCUCAGACACAUGACUCCUUCACAGUAUAGUCUGUAGGCCACACCUCCCUAGUCAGCUGGCUUUCCCUCCCUCCAUCGAGCAGUCUGGGAAGUGGGAAGAGGGUCUGGUCUGUCUGCCCCUGGCCAUAUGAGUGAAAGGUGGGGCCCAGGGUUGCUAGUGAUUCACCCCUGGAGACAGAGGUGGCCUGGACUGCGGCCACCCUGCCCUAUCUAUGCCUGCACUGUGGAUGAGGCACUGAGUUCUGAGAAGGCCAGCAAGGGCUGGUACUGGCCUGUGAGUUGCCACCCAAGGAGGUUACCUCUCCUGCAGCUCUUCUGUAGCUUGGUAACAGCCACAACUAAGACACAGGGAGGGAAGGGUCAGGAGGGCAGGUGACCUCCUCAGACAGCUUUCCCCUUGAGGGGGCGGGUUAUGACUGGGUGUCUUGAGGUCUGCCUGAUGCCGCUUUCCUUUUU